AUGUCCAAUCAAGUCGAAUUUGUAAUGAAGAUUCAGUUCGUCCCGAUUUCGAAGUGUAAGGCGUUUGGCAACAGAUCCUCUAAGUGCGGGCAAGCUGAAACAACUAAGACCCAAGAUUGCAACGUUGUUUUCUCAGAUCAUAAAACGAAGGCGACUCUUGAGAUGGUGAAUGGCGACUCAAAAGAAAAAAAGAAACUGCAAAGAAUGCACAGCAAUCGAAACGUGAAUGGUACAAACAAGUAUGCCAGUAUGACAACUGAUGAGACCGGUAUGGAGUUGACCGGCUGUCGAACAAUCACGUCCGCUUCCUGGGGCAGGCCACGAAUGGUACGAGCGAGGACCCGCCCUGUUUUGAUCUACAAUAGUAUAAAAGCCGAGGAUGUUCUGUUUCUGAAGCGCUCAAUGCGAUUUAUACUAAAUUGCAAGAAUAUCAAAUUUUCUUUCGAUGAUCCAGUAGAUGAAUGGUAUUCCUAG